AUGACUCAUCCUCAUUUAACUGCUGAACAACUAAAAAAUUGGGAAGGUUUAAAAGGAAAUUUUACAUUAACACCAAAUUAUAUUGAUCUUGUAAAAGGUAUAUGGAAUACAAUAUUAUGGUAUUAUGCACCACAUAUGUGGAAUAAUUAUAUAUUUCCCGAAUCCUUUAUUAAUGAAAUUGUAAAACAUUUUUAUUUUCCAAUAAAUCAAGUUUAUUAUAUUGUUUAUAUAGCAAUAUUUAUAACAUUAUUAAGAUAUUCAUUUGAAAGAUUUAUUUGCAAACCGUUAGUCAAUUGGCUUGAAUUAACAUCUACAAAUAAAAAGAAAUUUCCAGAAUCAAUGUGGAAAACUGUAUUUUAUACAUUUACAUGGUGUUUUAAUGUUUACUUAUUAACUUAUCGUUAUGAUUAUUUUCAUCAACCGUAUCUUAUUUGGGACGAUUGGGCAUCCGGUAUGCACAUUCCAUUUGACAUAAAAUUAAUGUAUUUUAUUCAAUGUGGAUUUUAUUUACAUUCCGUUUAUGGAACAAUGUAUAUGGAUUAUAAACGAAAAGAUUAUUAUGCUAUGCUUAUUCAUCACGUAUUAACAAUGGCACUUAUCUCUGUUUCUUAUGCAACACGAUAUCAUAAAAUUGGUUUACUUGUUCUUUUUGUGCACGAUAUAACCGAUAUUUGGCUUGAAUUAGCAAAAUCAUUACAUUAUAUGUCUUCAAGAAAAGGUAGACGACAAUGUCCAAAUUGGGAAACUGCUGCUAAUGUUGCUUUUGUUAUAUUCGUUCUAUGUUGGUUUUUAUUUCGUCUUUAUUGGUAUCCAUUAAAAGUUUUAUAUUCAACAGGAGUUGUUACUACUUAUCGCGCCUAUGGUAGAGGUUGUGGUUUAUAUGGAUUUUUUAAUUCACUAUUAUGGAUAUUAUUAGGUCUUAAUAUCUACUGGCUCUAUUUCAUUCUUCAAUUGCUUGUUCGAGCAUUAUCAGGUACCUCAAAUGGAUUACAAGAUACACGUGAACCGGAUGAUGACGACGAAGAAGAAACAGCGUAA